UCGAAGGUACAACCCUCUUCUGCACGGAUUUAGGUGUAUCUAGAUUGUUUUGAGAGAUGAGCUGGAUGCUCUGCUAGCUUAGCUCCUAAUGUCUAAGUUGUUACUGGAACAUAUAUUCACCACAAUGCCGAAGUUAGAGGACGGGAGCAGACCGGACUUAAGGUCCAGUUGUUGAAUGCGUUAACUGGCACGUUUCACCAUUCAGGCAACUGUUAAAACAGGAUGCCAGAGAUGACUGAAACUCAGACACCUGGUCGAAAACCCAAAAAGAAGAAAAACAAAGAAUCUCAUAAUGCAGUUGAGAGACACAGAAAGGAGAAAAUUAAUGCGGGGAUUAAUCGCAUUGGAAAUCUUCUGCCGUGUUCUCAGGCACUUAAACAGAGUAAGAACAUGAUAUUGGACCAAGCUUUUCGCUACAUUACUGAGCUGAAGAAACAAAAUGAUACACUGCUUCUGGAAGGUGGUGAUAAAGUCCAAGCUGAGGAGAUCCGGAGACUGCGGCGUCAGUUGGAUGAACUGAGAAAGGAGAGCGCUCACUACAUUGAGCUCCUCAAAGCUCAUGAUAUUAGCCUUUUAGAGGACCCAACUAUUCACUGGAAGGGAAAGCACCGCUGUGCCAAAGUGGCAAAAGUGACUCCUACCCAUCAGCUCCCGAAGAGAAUUGUUGUUUAUUCCAAUGGCAAUGUGAUCGGCCCUGCAGGGAAACAGGCAAGCCCGGGAAAGAAGUCCUCUGAAGCAGUUCAGCCACCAUCUGAUACCAGAUUGCAAGUUAAUGGAGCUCUACUGCAAGUCAGUACUUCUUCUACCACCCCUGCACUGCUCCCUGGCUCAACCACGACACCCUCUCCGUCAAAAUCAGGUCUGAGGAUGUUGGAGCAGUGUGUGGUUGAAACACCUGCUGUAGGCCCUUCUUUGGCGCCUUCUGUGUCUUACAUAACCCUCCAGAUCCCUGCAGCCACCACAUCCCUGCUCCAGCAGGCGCAGCCCGAUCCCCCGCCUCAGAGCAUUCCCUUAGUAGCUAAUUCAGCCUCGCCACAUACCACUGAAAGCACUGCGCAGUCUGUGUCCACACGCACUACAUCUACCCAGACCAUAACCUCUGCAUCAUCGGGGGGUUCCUCUUUGGGGACACCGGACUCUGCCAUCAGAACUGUAAGCUACACUGCAGUUCCUGCCAAUCAAACUGUUCUUAGGGCUGGAGCUGCAGGCAGCACACAGACGACCUGGACAACAUUGCAGAUGGCAGGAAACACAGUGCAACCAGUUUGCCAAAGUUUGUCUACACCAGAGGUUAGCAGUACCACCCAGACGGUCCAGCAGGUUGCAGUAUGUCCUGUGGGCAGCAGACCCUCUGUUAAUCCUGUUCAAAUACAGCUGCAGCCACACGUGCCUGUACAGCAGGCACCUAUCACAACUCGUAUCCCAGCUAAUCCAUUCAAAAGUACCACUCAGCUACAAGCAGCAGUUCUAAACCGGACACAGCCUCAAUGUGCGGUUGUACCCCAGUCAGCCAUAAUGCCGCAACCAGCUGUGAUCGCUCAGCCUCAGCCUGCAGUUCUGCAGCCAGCGUCAUUGGUUCCUCAUCCUCCAACAGCCCUUCUUCCACAGCCUCAGCAAACCCUGGUUCCUCAGCAUCAAGCUGCUGUGCUACCCCUUCUGCAGACCAUGCAGGUCCUGCAGGUCAACCCAGCCGGUGCUACUGCUGCAGCACCAGGUGUAACCGCACCUCAGAGCACGAACAAUCCAAGUGUUGUCAUCCUGCAGCAGGCCAGUGCCUGCCCCACUCAGCAGGUUGUGAGAGAGGACAUUUCGAAUCAAACGCCUUGUCAGCAUAUAGUGAUCAUCCAAGCCCCCAGUCAGGCUGCGUCUGCUCCUCAGAGCUCCCAGCUGAGCAUUGGUCCUCCCUCACUCCCUGCUGUUUCCACUCAAACACCAACCACAACCAGUUCAGUGACUGUCCCUCCUUUACAAAGUGUUGGGGGAAAGCAGCUCGUGCAUAUCCUGCCUCGUCCCACCCAGCCUGAGGUGAGCCAUCCUCUGCAGGUCAGCCAGGGAUGCUCCUCUUCACCAGUCUCCACAGCCCCACAAACAAUCACUGUGAAUGGCCAGGUGUUUGCUCUGAAGCCAGUGAAAACUUCUGAUAAAGGUGGCUCCCAGAUCGGUCCGAGCACCCUCCAACUGGUACAGCCCACCACCACUGAGGAGCCCACUACUAAUGUGGCCCUCAACAGUUUAGGUGCCCUUAGCAGUCUCAACCAGAGCAUAUCUCAAGGCCUCCCUCUGUCUUGCCAGAGCAGUGGUCUGCUUACCCCUACAUCAUCAGUUGGUGUUACUGCACCUUCACCUGGAUCUGCACCUGCACUACCUGCUCAGCAGCUACAGGUUCCGUUGGGGAUAGCUGCCAGCACCUCUAAGCCUUCAGGAAAAAAGCCCCACAUGGUUGUAAACACAAAGAGAGUGGUUGCUAAAAGGACCAAAUCUCCCAAAAAGAAAGAGCUCAGGACUGCACAACUAAUUCCUCUCAAAAAAUCUGCUAAUGCUACUGCUAAAGAUAGCCAGGCAGUCCAAGAUAAAGCAUCUCAAGUUUUACAGUCCUCAGCAAACAUCCAACCAAUGGACACCACAAUUUCAGAGUCGCGAAAUGCUGUGAGCUGUGUAGCACCGGGUCAGGACACACAGCAAAUGAUCGUGUGCAGUUCAUCCAGCAACUCUGUUGUAUUUUGUCCGAUGCAGGAUAAAAGCCCUGUCUGUGCAUCUCAGAGUAACUCGGCUGCACCAAAGGUCGUAUGUGAAACGCCUAUCAAGCCAUCAAGUGGCUCAGCUUUAGCAGUCAAGACUAAAAUUACUCCAGUUUCUAACAGCAGCUCUGCUGUAACCAAACCUUUGGUGUCAGAGGUUAAACAAGUAACUGUUAAAACUACAACUACCAUAAUGCAAAGCCUGCCAGCUGCUGCUUCUUCUGUUGCUAAACAAAAUAAACCCACAGUCACCUCUGCAGUUUCCAGUGACCCUCAUGUAACUUCUGCUUCUGAUUCUAGUUUGUGUUUGCCCCCAAUCUGUAUUCAGUCUACUGCAUCAGUGACUCAGAAUACCAACACAGUGCAACCUACUGUUCCCCAGAAAUCAAAGAUCCAAGAUCAACCAUCUUCUUCUCAGCCCACCACUUUAUCCUCUUCUCAGCCCACCACUUUAUCCUCUUCUCAGCCCACCACUUUAUCCUCUUCUCAGCCCACCACUUUAUCCUCUUCUCAGCCCACCACUUCAUCCUCUUCUCAGCCCACCACUUUAUCCUCUUCUCAGCCCACCACUUCAUCCUCUUCUCAGCCCACCACACCUGUCAUCUCAUCACGUAUACCCACUGAUUUGGUUCCAGACGCCUCUGUUGGAGUUUCCACAUCAACUAUAGAAAUUAAGAAAAAGGCUAGUACUGCAAGAGCUCCUUCACAACAGACUGAUGUGAACAUUCCCCCACCUUCCUUGUCUCGUCCUGCAGAAGUCAAACCAACUCAGACAACAAGGAUUGACAGGGAUGCUCUGGAGGAGAGGCCUUCCACAGCAGCAAGAAAAGAAGGAUUGGUUGGGGUGAUGUCUGAAGCUCCCUUAAAGAAGGACUUUGCAAUGUCUCAACAAGUUUACACAAACCUGGAUGACCAGGCAAUGGAGCAGAAUAUUACGUCCAACAGGCAGACUGAUUCUCCAAUGACCACAGGGGGAGCUGGUGGUCGAGGAUUCUCUGUCGCGUCGAUGCUUCCUCAAGGCCAUAGCAUCGGUGUGUCUUCCGGCUCCUUUGGAUCAUUUGCAUUUACAUCUGAACAAGCGGAGAUGCUCGCGUUGGCGAUGCUAGAACAAGAUAGCCCAGAGAGAAGAAGUGGAGGAUGCUCAGGGGACAACACUGCUUCAGCUACAUGGGACUCCCCCAAAACCCCACCAGUGUCUUCCAGCAGAGACAGAGGCUCAGCUGGGCAGCCGGGCAAGAUAACCAAACUGAUGGACCAAGUUGCGGCUAAACACCAUGAUGUGUCUGUGAGUGGGCCAAACAGACAUCUGCAAAAUAUUGCUUGCUCAAAAUCUCAACCUCUCCCUCCAGGACAGUCUCAGAGUUCAACCCAAGGUGGGACAGCCGCUAGCCUCAGUGUUAACAAUCUGAUCAGAUCCAGCUCCAGUCACCAACCCUAUCCCAGUUCCCCCAGUCUGACCGCCCAACAGGGGUCAGUUCCUUCUCCAGCCGGGACAUCUACUCAUAUGUCCCUACCCUCAAGCAACGCCAUCUCAACCUGUUCAGGCACUGCCCAAGUAGCAGAGUAUGCCGCCUUGAAAAAUAAUGCUAUAAGAGGCCCUCCUGGAAGUGUGGUAGGUGAGCGACAUGGGAAGAUGAUCUCCAAAAGACAAGCCCCAGAAGAAGCGAUGUUAAAUGCAGGAAAACGACCAAAGCCUUGCCCUCCGCCGGGUAACCCAGUGGGCCACAUGGAUGUGAAAGCACCAGACCACAGUCAGAUGAUGUUGGGACAGCUGCCGUCCACCUCUGCAGCUGUAAUGACUAGGAUUAAUUCAGAAAAUGGAGGCCCUCUUUUCUCAUCAAACUCCUUCAUGAGCCCAGUCGUGCGCCCCAUUGAUGGUCACUGCCCAGUUCAAGGUCCUCCUGAGCAGAACCAGGCAGGCGGGCUUCAUCUGCCACAGGGUCACCCGCAGCAUCCUGUUAGCCAGCCCAGUCAGCAUCUGGGAGGAAACCUUUACAUGAAACAGCAGCAACAAGAGCAGCAGAGACACCAUUUAUAUCAUCUGCAGCACCACCUGACUCAAUCUGACCCUGCACAGCGCCACUCACUACACCAGAGGGCACUGCAGGAGCAGCAGCAGCAGCAACAACAACAACAACAACAACAGCAGCAGCAGCAUGUCCAGAAGAAGCGGGGAAUCGUCAGAGGGAAUCAAACUGGCUCACCUGCUGGCUUGCAGCAGAAGCAGCAACAUCACCUGGAAAAGCCUGGAAUUCAUCAGCAUUCCCAUCAGCAGCAGUCACAGCAUCCCCAGCAGUCCCACCAACAGCCUCAACAGCAUCAACAACCAACACAGCACCAAGCGUCUCAUCCACAACACCAACAACAGCAGCAGGCGCACCAGCAGCCUCCCCAGACUCAACAUCAACAGCAGCAGCAGCAGCUGCAGCAGAACUCUCAUCCCAGACAUCCUCAGCAUUUACAGCAACAGAUUCAACAGCAGCACUUUAGGCAUCAGGACAAGACAUGUGAGGCCCAGUCAGUGGGAUCCAGGGCCCAUCACAACAGCCACCUGGCUCAGCAGGACCACCUCAAGUCUGGUCAGGACCAUAAUGCUAUGCAGAGGAUGAUGAGCUCUAGAAGUUUAGAGCAGCAGCUCAUCUCUCCUCCUACCAACACGGUGUCGCGUUCAUCUGAGCUGGCCUGCGCUCCGUCUCGACAGGAGCGUCACCGCGUGUCGAACUACUCUGCAGAGGCACUCAUCGGUAAAAGCUCCACUAGCGGGGAUCAGCAGCAACGCAUGGCUCUCCAUCUCCAGCCCGGUCGAGGUGCCACCCAAGAGCAACCAGACCUCCACAGCUACCUGGACACAUCGCGAGGGAAGGCUGGCAUUGUUCACAACCCUCAGAACCGCCUUUCAUCCGACCAUUCUACAUCUGCUGACCAACGCAUAUCUGAGUGUCAGUCCUUCAAGGCAAUGGCUGGUGGAGGGGGAACGCAUCAGCUCGGCAGUUUUGAAGCUCAGGUCUCUCGUGGGAGUGACAUGGCCCCCAAGUCGGUACCCCCCUCUCAGCGGGGCCCUCAGGGACAGCAGCAGGGAGGAUUCAGGAUGAGUGUCGGCCCCACUGCAGACGUAAGAAAUCGUGGCAGCUACAGUGGACCCCAUCCCGGCCCUCAGGGAGUCCAAGUUGGUCCUGCGCUGCCACGGGAACAGGAAGCCUGCCACCAGAGUUUCAUGCAAAGCCUCCUCUCUCCACACCUUCCUGAGCAGAGCAACCAUCAGCGAGCAGUUCAGUGUUGCCCCCCAGUGACCAUGGAGUACAGCUGCAUGCCUGGAAGUUCAUCAGGAGACAUCCAGGCCAAAUCCUCCAGUCCGAGCGUGCCUCAGUCCCAGAAGGCCCCAGCUAUGCGACUCACAGAGGCCAACAAGGGCCACAUUUCUCAGGUCAGCAGUAAUAUGCACGUAGGGCCCGGCGUCCGAGCAGGUCUGCCCCACCCUCCGACCCCCCACAGCAGCUCUGAGCCCGGCCGCUCCUCUGCCAUCCCUAGACCCCCCGUUGCUGUCAGCCAGCAUUCCCGACAUAUACCCAGAGACGCUCAUCCCGUCAAACUGAGACAUCGAUCGGGAGCGCAGAGACCCACCAACCCUUUUGAGGCAGAGAGCCACCUACCUCUGCCCUCGGGGGGAGGGGUCCUGCUGGGCCGGACUCAGCCUGGAGGAGAGAACCGCCGCACCACCAUUGUGUGCUUGAUGGCAGACGGCGCACAGGUUCCCAGUGACAACAAUCUUGUUGCUGACCAACACCUGGCUCAGAACUUUGGGUUCCCCUUUAUUUCAGAGGGAGGGAUGAACCCUCCUCCCCCGAUUAAUGCAAACUCUACAUUUAUCCCUCCAGUGAGCCAACCCAGCACCUCUCGCACACCGUCCCUCCUCCCCGUGGAGCCCCAGAACACUUUACCCUCCUUUUACCCCUCGUACUCUCCAGCUGCCCAUCCCAGCCUCCCCGGUGAUGUCGCCCUCCAGUACUUCCCCAACCAAAUGUUUACAAGCCCGAGCACCGAUAAGGCCAAUGCUCCUCCUCUCAACAACAGAUUCAGCUCCAUCCUCUCCCCGACGCGGCCAGUGGGGUUCGGUCAGGCCAGUUUCCCUUUGCUUCCUGAUAUGCCUCCCAUGCCGUCGUCUGGAAUCACCCCUCACAUCUCCAACUUCAGCCUCACCUCGCUGUUCCCCGAAAUCGCCACCGGCAUGCCCUCGGAUGGCUCAUCCAUGCAGAUGUCCCCUCUGCUGUCCCUGACCAACACAUCAUCAGCUGACUCAAGCAAGCAACCCAAUCGUCCGGCCCACAACAUCAGCCACAUCCUGGGCCAUGAUGGCAGUUCAGCUGUGUGAUGAGUUUCAGUUUAAUGCCUUUUUGGACUGUUGUUCAAGAGCAAACAAUUGCAUUGUCUGUUUGAAAUGUGUAGUUUGUUUCAACGUUAAAGAAAGAAGUGAUGAAGCACUUGAUGUGAGGGGAUUUGUUGUUUACAUGUCCACUCAGUUUCAGUUUUUUGUUUUGCUUUUCUCUUUUUGACAUGCCUAAUGUCAUAGUAAUCAUUUAAAAUUUCCAUAAGGCUUUUGGAUUUUAUGGAAAUAAGUCCCGUAUGCUCCUUUUCGAAAUGUUGGUUAAACUGGUUCUGAAGAAAAUAUAAAAGUUUAGAACUUGAAUUUCGGGUCAAAAGGAAACCUUCUGCACAGUUACUAAUUUAAUUUACUAACUUAUCAGGUUGUACUGUACAGAUUUUUCGAAGAGCUAUUUUGUAAAUACCAAUAUUUCAUAUAAAAGUUGCUAGAUUAUGUAUUUGUAAAUACAAAAUUGAUAAAUAAAAUUUAUAAGGAUAACAUUG